UAUUAUCCAACCUCUGGAUAUAUCUACAAUAGAGGUGACACUUUCCUUGACCAGAUGAAGGCUAGCAAACAUGAAAGACAACAUCAAGAUCAACUGUACUAUCCCUUUGUGGAUGAGGGUGAAUGGGAACUGGCAAAGUUUCUGGUGUUGAAUUUCACUCAAUCACAGAUU